AUGGAGGCGCCCGCUUUCAGGCUGCUGGUCGCGGCGGCCCUGUUGCUCGCCUUCGUCGCGGGCCUCGUGAACAGAUGGCGGCGGAGAUCCAAGUACGACCUUCACCGCAUUCCCGGCCCGCCGGCAUACCCGAUCGUCGGCAACAUGCCGCAGAUGCUGCAGUGGGAGAAGCCGCAGAUGCAUCUGAUGCUGCUGGAGUGGGUGGAAAAGUACGGGAAGGUUGUGAAGGUUGAAGUUCCGGGCUUGAGAGGCUCGACUCAUGUGCAUGUUAUCGAUCCAGAGUUCAUUCAGAACCAUGUCACGGGCCAUGGCACCCAUGGCUUGCCCAAGUCGGAUUUCUACAACCAUUUUCAGAAGUUAAGUUUCAGCAGGCGUUGUGACAGGCAGGCUGUGUUGGCAAAUAUCACUGAAACUGAGAGUGUUCCUAAACAUCAUGAAGACCUCACUGAGGCUCCUAGGUACCUACAGUUGACAGUUGAAGCAUUGCACAAUGAAUAG